AUGAUUCCAUGUCGAGAUUCCGCUUAUUGUCCAUCACCGUUAACACCUUCCGGUGGUUUAUGUUUAACACAAGCUCAAUGUGCCAGCACGCCUGAACAAUUUCAAGAAUUGGGAUGUGGUGGUUCAGUUCAUGAAGGAUUCUGCCCAAAUGGUUCCUAUUGUAAAAAUUCGUCAAACAUAAUAUCAUGUGAUAAUCUAUCAACAGGCUAUUGCCCAGCAGGUGUUAUAAAACCAUUAGAUUGUCCACUUGGUUUUAGAUGUAAAAACGGUAUAUUGGAUAAUAACAAAAUUUGGGACAUAGCAAUGACGGUUGCAUCCUCAGUUCUUGGAAUGUUACUUGUCAUUCAGUUUCUAAGUAUUUUAUGGGAAAAAGUUUUUAAAAACUUAUUCAAAAAAAAGAAAAAUUAUAAAAAACAUCCGAAUGACCCAGAAGAUUUAAACACAAGUGACUACUUUAGAUUGUCCCAAGGGCAUCAAAAAAAAGAAUCAGGAAUAGAUGUUACACUAAAAGAUGCACGUUUGAGACUUCCAUCAUGGGAUAAAAAGAAAUCAGGAUUCACGUGUACGAUUAAAUCAGGAAAAAUUAAUGCUAUUAUGGGACAAUCAGGUUGCGGCAAAACAAGUCUAUUGUAUGCCAUCCAAGGACGAAAAGAUAUUCAGAGAAAAGGGCUUAUUUCACUUGCACAUCGUCAUCCAUUAGAAACAUUUUUAUCAGAUAAAGUUGGCUAUGUACCGCAAGAAGAUGUAAUGCAUUCGGAUUUGACUGUUUUCGAGACAGUGUAUUUUUCAGCAAGAGCACGACGAUUAACAGAUGAACCUCGUUUAAUUGAAAAUGAUGUGAAAUUUGUGUUAGCAAAAUUGGAUAUGUCAGAAAAAUACGAAAAAAUUACAGAAACUUUAUCAGGAGGUGAGAAGAAGCGCGUUAAUAUCGCUAUUGAAAUAGCUGCUUGCCCAAAAUUGCUACUGUUGGACGAGCCAACAAGUGGGUUGGAUAGUGUUAUUUGUGAUAAAUUAUUUGAUCUUCUAAGUAUAAUUAAACAAAAUGCAUUUUGUCCCGUUAACAUUAUUAUGAUUAUUCAUCAACCGAGUUUUGAACUGUUUCAAAAAAUUGAUCAUGUGAUAUUUUUAACACCACAAUGCUUUUUAGCUUAUCAGGGUGAUAGAAAACAAGCAUUAGCUCAUGUUCACAAAUCAAUCAGAGAAAUGAGUCUUAAUGAGAGUGAUAAACUUCAAGUGUACAAAUCAUUAAAUGAAUGUGAUAAGUGUAUCUAUGCUCUAAGAUUCCAUCCGAAUAAUGAACACCAUAGUGAACAUCAUAAUGAUACAUCCAAUAAUCCAGAAAUAAAUAUUGUUGAACCACCAUUAAUUAAACUUUCAAUAAAUAGACGUUCAAUUUUCAAACCAAUUUUCUUUUUAAUUCAUCGUACACUUGUACAAAUGUGUAUGAGAAAUUAUGCAACAGAAUCUAUAUAUGGAUUUGCAUUUUUUAUACUCGGUCUAACGAUUGGCAAAUUAUUUAAGAAUCAAACUCAAUUAUGUGAUAUAAAAACAUUACCAUCAAUUUAUUUUCUAAUUAGUUUUGGUUUUGGUAUGGCAGCAUGUAUUAGUAGUUUGCGUUUAUUUGGUAUAGAAAUGGCCGAUAAAACGUUUAUACGAGAAUCGAGAAAUUAUUAUCAUCCAUUUCAAUACUGGCUAGCAAAAACGAUCGUAGAUUUAAUUCAUCUCUUCUCCUAUCCACUGCUGUUCUUAACCAUGUUAUACAUUGAAAUUGAACCACGUUCAACAUUCGGACAAUACUAUGGAAUUUUACUUGUUACAGCAUUUGCUUGCACUGGAAUUGGUCAAUUUGUAUCUGUUGCAUGUCAACGAACAGAAAACUCAUACUUAGCUGCAACACUCAUUGCACUAAUAUCUUGUCUAAUUUCCGGUUUUAAUCCAACAAAACGAGAGAAAUUAAAUAGUCUUGUUUUUUUCUCAUUUUCUCGUCAUAUUCAACGUCAAUUGUUUAUUUAUGAUAUGGAUCGAUAUAUUCAAACUUCUACGACAUCCAAUUAUGGUAGUGUCUGGAGUACUCAGGUAAUGUCAUCGUAUACGUUUACACUUUUUGCUCCAUACAACCAAAAGGCCGGUUUACAAUUGAAAAAUGUAAAUGCACCCGAAAAAACUGAAAAUGAAGAGAAGAAAAAAACGAACGAACCAACAUUCACUGAAAUAUGGUAUACAUUUGUUGAUCCGUAUGCCACCGACGUUGAUGAGCGAGGCUCUGAUGAUGCUCAUCACUCGGUGGGAGUUCUGGCAAUCAAAGAUGGAAAACGAAUAAUUGAUGAAUACGAAUGGAAGCAUGAAAAUGAUGGAUAUUUGGUGCCGAACGACGAAUUGAUUAUAUACGAAUUACACGUUGGUGACUUUUUUCAAAAAUUUAAAGAUGUAACAAAUAAAAUUGAUUAUUUCAAAAAAUUAGGCAUUAAUGCAAUCGAACUGAUGCCAGUGAAGCAGUGUCAGGGUAUUCAUUCAUGGGGAUACAAUCCUCGAUAUAAUUUUGCUAUUGAACACAUGUAUGGUACCACAUAUGAAUUUAAAGAGAUGGUUGAUACGAUGCAUGGAAACGGCAUCAGAGUUUUGGUAGACGGUGUCUAUAAUCAUACGGAUUGUUCCUCCCCAUUGACACAAAUCGAUCAUGACUAUUGGUUUCAUCAUGAACCAAAAUGUAAAGAGCUAUCAUGGGGGCCUGAGUGGAACUAUCAACAUUAUGAUCCAAAAUAUGAUGUAUGGCCAGCUAGAAAAUAUGUAGGAGAUUCUAUUCGUUAUUUGGUGCAAGAAUUUCAUAUUGAUGGCCUGAGAUUUGAUUCAGCUAAACAAAUUCAACAUUUCGAAUUUUUGACUACAAUUGUCAAACAAACGAAAGAAAUAGCUGGAGAAAAGCCAUUUUAUUGUGUCUCAGAAUAUUUGCCUGAUGAUCCAAUUGUGACAAUCGAUCGUGGCGGACCGAUGGAUGGCACGUGGCACGACAGGUUUUAUUAUAUUUUAAAAGAUGCACUAAUUAAUGACAACGUUCAAUUUGAGAGUUUAAAAGCGUGCAUUGAUGGACGUAAACAAGGUUACGUUUCAACGACAAAUCUAGUCAAUUAUAUUAGUAACCAUGAUCAUGACCGUCUCUUGGUUGAAAUAAACCAAGCAAAACAACUAUUUGGGAAAGAUGCGAUGCAACGAAUACGAUUGGGUGUAGUUGUUUUGAUGACAUCAAUCGGUAUUCCUUUAUUAUGGAUGGGAGAAGAGUUUGGAGAGUAUAAACCAAAAGCUAUCGAACAAUCGAAAUUAGAUUGGACAUUAUUGGACGAUCGGGAAGAUAAAUCAAAUGAAGAGAAUAAAGCACUGUUUGAAUAUUGGUGUCUAAUGAUCAAACUACGAAACGAUUAUAAACACAUAUUAAAAACGUUAAAUCUAGAUUUUAUAUAUGAAGAUUCAAAAUUAAAACUCUUUGUUUACCAUCGAUAUGAUGACAAUAAAUCGGAUCAAAUGAUUAUUGUCAUCAAUUGGUCAAAACAGACGUAUUACGAUUACAAUGUGCCUAAUGUACCAGCUGGAAAAUGGAUUGAAUGGCAGACAAAACAAGAAUACAUUAUCGGCAAGAAUACUGUGUUUUUAACUAUCACUACUGAACCUUAUCAAGGAAAAGUUUUCCUGUGCAACAAAUAG